ACCAAUCACAAUUCACUAAUUUUGCCCCUUAUAUGAUAAUUAAACUGAAGAGGCUAGAUCACGUCUGUUGUUGGCCUGACCUAGAAUAAAGUUUACUAUGGAACCAAAACGCUGUCUCGUCCUUGACGUCCGUACAAGCUCGCUCGAAGUAGAUCCCCGUGUGCCAGGAAAUCGUGACGAGUUUCUGUUCUCGCUGCCAAGUGGUCUCUACCGAGUUAAUUUUCCCCAGUUAUUGUUGUGCCGACCGCGAAGGUUUAGUUUCCCAGUUUGGGCCGCGAAAUUUAUCGUCACACAAGGAAGAACAAAAGUGCAUUCGAUUUUAACGUGGCAAUCGGAACAUGCAUAGCGGUAUGAUAGAUCUGGAAAUGGCUGUUACAGGCAUGAUAGUAGUCUAAGUGGUUCUGAAGGUGGCGCUGAAGAUUCCGCGGUUUUGUGCACAAAAGCAGGUAACUGGACAUCUUCUGUCGAAGGCUUGAUGUGGAAUGUACCAAACUUAAAAAAAUUUCAUCCGAACCUCCACAAUUAGCUUCCUAAGUCAAAUUUCGAAAAAGACUAGUUUUAACAAUUUUUAUUAACAUCUUCUUUUUUCUACUAAAUGUUUUGAAGAUCUUUUUUUUUUUCUACUAAAUUUUGUGAAGUGACUUGUCCUCGUGAGCCUCUAAGCCUUAUUAUAAUUUCCUUUUCAUACAUGAAACGCCCUGGUGACGAGAGAGACCACCGGCUGCUUUUCCCGCCAUUUUCUCGCGUAAGCCGUUUGCCUCAUAUAUAGCUGACGAAGUCGUGUGAGGAAUAAACACUUUGGACGAGAUUUCCCACGAAUUAUCGUGCCUGAGUGAAAGCUUCUUAGAGGUUCUUAAGAGAAAACCUGAACGAUGCACUGCCCCACUACGCGAGCUUUAUCCACCGCUGUAUACUUUGGGUCGCUCGAGUUCAUGGCAUGAGAUGGUGUUGACGAGAGUGCUAUGUUGAGUACGCAGAUGCAAAGCAUGGAGAAGUUGUUGAUCAUAGUUGUUUUUAUUUUGCUCAUUGUGCAAGAAACAUGUGUGACAGGAGAAACCAAAGGGCUCAGAGUUGUGAACAGAAGCCAAACCUCAAUCACAGUCAGUUGGAACCCCAUGGAGUCUGUGUCAGGAUAUACUAUAAAAUAUGACAAAAUUAACAAUCCUGAAUACAUAAUCGUACGAUCUGAAACUACAUUUGAAAUAACUGGACUUGAGAUCAACACUAUCUACAAAAUUCAGGUUGGUGGAUUAAAAGAUGUUGAUGGGGAGGAAAAACCUGAGUCAUAUAGCAGUAUACUGGAAGCCAGGACAUUGUCAAAUGAUCUUUGUGAUUCCAGUCCAUGUCAAAAUGGAGGAACAUGUCAAGAUGGUGGUCCGCCAUCUAGUGAAUCAUCCCUUCCAAUGUACUGUCAAUGUGCUGAAAAAUUUAGUGGUCGAUUCUGUGCUGUGCCUAAAGAUAGUGCAGAUUGUCAGACUGCACUUGGGAUGGAAAAUUAUGGAAUACCCAAUGAACGAGUGCAAGCAUCUUCGGAAUGGAAGUUCGAUAAAGCUAUUCACGGAAGACUUCAUUUCCAAUCACGUUCAGGAAAUCAAGGAGCAUGGUCUGCCAAAACUAAAGAUGCAAAUCAGUGGCUUCAAAUUGAUCUGGGAAGUGUGUUCACCAAGGUUACUGGUGUUGCAACUCAAGGAAGAUACAUGUAUGACCAGUGGGUGACAAAGUACAAGGUACAGUUCAGUAACGGUGGCUCUACCUUCACCAACUACAAAGAACCUGGGCAAGCUGCAGACAAGGUUUUUGAUGGAAACACUGAUCAAAACACAGUUGUCAAACAUUUCCUCCACGCACCAUUUAGGGCUCGUUACAUCCGUUUUCAACCAGUGACUUAUUAUGAGCGCAUCUCAAUGCGAGUGGAGUUGUAUGGUUGCUCAGACUUCGUAUGCCAAAGCCCAGAUGUGAUCCUGCCAAAUAUCUCACCAAAUGCAUCUUCAAACAUAAGCAUUCACAGAUUGAGACAGUUUACAAUACAAUCUGAUGUCAAAUUCAAUUGUAACAUAUAUUACAAAGCUUCGUUCCUCUGGCGUAUUUACCAACUGGGCAAAGAAGAAACACUAUUACUUUCAAGAAAUAGCUUCUCAGAAUUGCAGAUAACACCACACUUGUUGCCAGUUGGUGAAUUUUUGGUUCGACUCAAUGUCAGCCUGAUAGGAACAGCAGUGUUUGGGGUAGGUCAUGGUUAUUUCAAGGUGGAGAGAAGCCCUUUAGUUGCAUUCAUUGCUGGAGGAAAUAAGGUGGCGAAAGGACUGGACAGAACAUUGAUUUUUGAUGCAUCCCUAUCAUAUGAUCCUGAUGAGAAAAGUCUGCGAUUUUCAGGCCUCAAUUUUACAUGGCAGUGCAAAGAGUCACCUCGGCAUCUUAAUAACUCAGAUGAACCAGGAUGUCACUAUAGGGCUGAUGAUAAAGAAACUGUUGGAUAUGAACUUAGAAUCAACAACAGUCUUCUGGCGGAAAAUACCUCAUACUUUAUAACAGUACAGGUUACAAAGCAUGAGAGGCAAGCUGUGUACACCCAGGAAGUGUUUAUAGUUCCUGGUGACCCACCAGAAGUGCAAAUCAGGUGUGUUGAAAACUGCGCUGCCAAACUAAACCCAUCUGGGAUAAUGGCGUUACAGGGCAUGUGUACAGGUGCCUCGUGUCAUGGAAACCUUAUCUUCGAGUGGACAGCUUUGAAAGACUUGAAUAACUCUUCAAAGAGUUCUCAUUGGGCUGAGAUUUCACACAUACAAGAGUUGAUAAGUACUAGGGUGUCAUCAAAAUCUUUCGUCACUAGGCCUGAAGUGCUGACACCCGAUACCAGGUAUAAGUUCAUACUGACUGCACAACGACCUGGUGGAAACCGCGGGUUUUCCGAAUACCACGUCACCUCAAACAGCCCGCCUGUUGGAGGAGUAUGCAACGUGAGCCAAACAUCAGGAGUCACUCUAAUUACAGAAUUUACUUUUGCUUGUAAUAAUUGGCAGGAUCCAGACCUUCAGUUGCAGUAUGAAUUUAUUUACCUCAUUGAUGACAAUAUUUUUAAUGUGGCAUACAAAGGCGUAAAAAAAAGCUUGACAACCAAACUUCCUGCUGGAGGGAGGAAAAAUAACUUUACCAUCGACUUUCGAGUGCGAGUGGCUGACAUUUUGGGCGCAUAUACUGAAGUGAGGACACCUGUACAGGUUUCUGAGCCCACCUUUGAGCCGAAAGACCUUGUCGAUAUGGUCGCCAGCCUCACUUCUAGAGAUGAAAGUGAACUGAAUUCCUUGAUCAAGUCAGGUGAUGUGUCGCGUGCUGCACAAUUGGCUACAGCGGUCCUUUCGGUCGUUGAUGUUGUUACCCAAGCAGAAUCUGCAGAAAGUCAGGUGCAGGAGCUUAAAGAGAAAAAAAUUAUGAUGAAAUCAAACAUCAUACAACAGCUAUCUGCUGUCCCAGUAGAUACUGUCGUUAGAGUCCAGCAGGUAUCGUAUGUGAUUGCCUCUGCCAGCUCGGUCAUCGGCGAGAUUACCGUUGAAGCACAGAAAGCUGCAACAGAAGCGCUUGAAAAGAUGACUGUGGUAUUGAAGACGGAGAGUACAGCCGGGCAAAGUUACGACACACUAUUUGAUGGUGCCAAGAGUCUUGUAACUGGUCUCGGAAGCAUGCUUAGGGUAACUUCACACGAAGCUAGUGUGGACGAUGCUGCGUCGAAAGAAGAGUCUCGACUCAAAGCAAGCUUUAUAACUGCAUAUGAAGGACGCUUGCCCAAGAGCCAAAGGAGAAAUCUCAAAUCGAGAAUUUCUUUGUCGGAUGUAUUGACCAGAACCAAAAGGGACGGUGCUGACCUACGUCUUCAGGCUCGUGUCAAAGUUGAAACUCUGCUUCAUUCUUUAGAGGAGGUCGGAAGUACCAUCCUGUCCCGAACUCUCGUUGGCGAGGAGCCGAAGGUGCUUCCGGCCCAAGCAAUGUCUCUACUGUUGUUACGACAGGAGCCUAAUUUAGUCGCUGGAACAGUUUUGUCAAACAAAGGAAACAGUUUUCGACUUCCUCCGGUAUCCAAAUUGUUUGACAAUUCUACCCAGUUUUUAGAUAGCCAGAUGGUAACGACAGACUUCAUUCCAUUCUCAUGGGAUCCGUCAGGCGCAAGAGUGACAACUGCUGUUUCAAGCCUUGAGCUUAAAAACAGUUCUGGGCAUCUUUUGAAUACAACAGAACUGAUAGCACCGAUUACUUUAAGACUUCAGAGCCACCAGAAAUUCACAAACGCUUCUCAGUUUCAUUACGUUGGAUCCAACAGAACUGUUUUCUACAAGGUAAAUGUCAAUCAAUCAGGCAUGGCCUUGUUGUUAAACAUUCGUCCAGAAAGCAACAAGACAGAGUUUGUGGUAACCGUAAAGUACGGAGAGCGGCCAUCGCCAAGUAAUAGCGACUUGAAUUUAACAUUACCUGACCUUUCAUCUUGCAAUAAAGUACCAGAUGGUUAUGUUAACUGUUCAAGUAAUCCAUAUGUAGUCUUUGUCAACCAGGAUUUUGUUGAGAACAAAGGGUUUGGCUACUACUUCUUCGGGCUAAGAGCCGUGUCAAGAAUUUCACGGGUUAAGCGCUGUUCAGGUCACGGCCGGUCGAAGCGGUCAUGUGUACAGUACAAGGAACCCCCAACCAUGGGUCCAAGUUACAGUGUACCUCAAUACCGUGUAGGAGAUGAAAACUACACCAUUCAGGUGAUGCCAGCUGCCUGCCUGUUCUGGAACGCAGAGUUAUCAAAGUGGACUUCAGAAGGGUGCCAGGUAGCCGAAAUGACGACUCAAGAUGCCAUUUAUUGCUCCUGUAAUCACUUGAGUUCUUUUGGGGGUCAGUUAUUUGUCACCCCGAAUCCAUUGGAUUUUGAUAAAGUGUUCAUUGAACUCACUCGCCUACCUGAUAGUGGAAACAUAGCUGUUAUAUUAGCAGUGUCCUGUGUAUUCGGUUUAUACCUAUCGUUGUUGUUGUGGGCGCGAAAGAAUGACAAACUUGAUAACUUGAAGGUGGGGGAGAAAGCAUUCGUAGGAGUUCCCUCAGAAGGGUCUCACUUCAUCGAGGUUCAAGUAUCAACGGGCAUUUGGCGAAAUUCCGGCACCACUGCUAACGUUUUUGUUAUACUGGAGGGAGAGAUAGGCACCAGCCGACCUUACCAUUUGAAAGACGAUUCGUCUAUCCCCUUUGCAAGGGGAAGCAUCAUUUCCUUUAUCCUUGCGAUUCAUGACAGUAUUGGCCCCAUAAGAACUGUGCGCGUAUGGCAUGACAACUCGGGAAACAGUCCAUCGUGGUUUUUGAACCAUAUCAAGGUUUGCGAAUUGACCAAUAAGAAGCAAUGGAACUUUGUGUGUUUUGCGUGGCUGGCUGUUGAUAGAGGUGAUGGAUUAAUAGACCGCACACUUCGUGGUACUUCAACUGUCGACAAAGGAAUUGAUUUUGCAGUUUAUGUUCAGAACAGAAUUGCUGGUGAAUUUAGUGAUUCACAUUUAUGGUUUUCUGUCGCAACAAGACCUCCAAGGUAUCGAUUUACUCGCGCUCAACGUUUAUCUUGCUGUCUGUCUCUAUUACUGACUACCAUGUUAGCCAGUGCCAUGUUUUACGAACGUGAAACAGCAAUGGACGAUAAUCAAGGAUCGCUAAGGUUGGGCCGUUUUGUUGUAAACUUCAGAGAGUUUAUCAUUGCAGUGCAGAGUCUUAUGGUUGUACUUCCUGUCAAUAUUUUGACCGUGGCACUUUUUACUCAUACCCGUUCCUCAAACGAGAAUAAGGAAAUGGCUCUCCAAAGUAAUUCACACAAGAAACUCGCCAGGAAAAGUGACAUUUCUUUUCCACACUGGUUUAUUUUCGUUCCUUGGCUCUUGUGUUUCCUCCUCUCGACAUGUACGGCCUCUUUUGUUGUCUUCUACAGUCUGCAGUGGGGUGCAGAUAAAAGUGAGCAGUGGUUGGUUUCGGUAGCAAUGUCAGUUGUGUUGGACAUAUUUGUAUCGAAACCUGUUCAAAUCAUAGUUGUUGCCUUUAUGCUAUCUCACAUUUGCAAAGGGGGAAUUCAAAGGUUUACUCGACAACCAUAUCACGCCGACGCAAUCGUUGAUGUCGAAGAUAUUAAAUUAAGUUGGUUAGGUAAUGAAGAUACAGACGAGGAAGAAAUUGAAAUACCAAAGCCCUUAAGCAAGAGGCAGUUACGUCGCGCAAGGAUCGCUCGAAUGAGGGAGGUGUACAUGUAUACUGCCCUUCGGAAUAUAGUAUCGUACAUGCUGUACUUGUUAAUUCUAUUUAUUGUUUGUUACGGUGGACGUAGCCAACAUGGGUACCUGAUGACAUCGACCUUGAAAACUACGUUUGGAAAACUUGAUUCGAUAACAAAUUACUUCAAGACGUGGGACUGGGCACGUGACGUUUUGGUACCAGGGCUUUUUGACGAUGGAAAAAACCUCAUACUGAAUAGUCACAGUCUUUACAUUGGAAGUGGCGACGCUGUUCUCGUUGGGAUGCCUCGCUUUAGACAGCUACGAGUCAAAGAAGGUUCUUGUGAUGUCAGCAUUGAGGAGUUAAAACCUCCUUUCAACUCCUGCGUGGCUACAUAUACAUCCAAUAACGAGGACAAAAGCAGUUUUCAUCGAACGAGAUGGGACCAAUUUUCUUCAUCCAGGAAUGAUUCAUUAAACAUUCUUUAUCAGAUCUGUCCCACUGCUUGGCAUUAUUCGUCGGCCGAGCGAACUCAAAGUCUUCCUCUAUGGGGAAAACUUCAUUUGUCAAACUUUUAUGGUGAAGGAGGCUACCUGGCCGAGUUGGGCUAUGAUAAAGCUACAGCACUGAAAGUCAUAUCUGAACUAAAACUGUUUGACUGGAUUGAUAGGUUUACCAGUGCCAUAAUUGUCGAGUUUACCGUUUUUAACUCUCAAGUAAAUUUGUUCGGCGUGAUCUGGAUCCCAAUUGAGUUUUCACCAAGUGGUCACGUGGUAUCUGAUCCUGUGAUUCGUGGCAUUCAUGUAUACGAAAUUGGUGGAGGCUACAGUGCUGUUACUGUAGUCUGUCAGUUGUUAUUAGUUGUGUAUAUUAUAUACUUCGUUGUCAAGGAAACGUCGAAAAUGAUUGCGGGUGUUCGAAUGUACUUUGCACAGUUUCUAAACUGGGUUGAACUGACGCAGACUUUAACAGUCAUUGGUUUUGUUGUCACCCACAUUUUUAAACAAGCGGAGCUUUUCUACAACACAGAAAAACUCAGAAACAAUACAUUUCAGUUCAUCAGUUUUGAUAAAGGAGCUUUUCUAGAGGACUUAGAAACGGUAUUAAUAUCGUUACUGAUGUUCUUGAACACUCUGAAGUUACUGUAUUUGCUCAAAUUCAACCCUCACGUGAGGCAUUUAUUUUACGUAAUGAAGGGAUCAGCUCGUGAACUUGUUAACUGCUCGGUUGCAUUCACUCUGUUCAUGUUUGCAUGUAUCCAUGUAGGAUAUUUUCUGUUUGGAAGUGAACUUUACCCCUUUUCUUCGCCAGUCAUCACUCUACAGUCUCUUCUAGUCGAAGGAGUCCUCGGUGGCAGAUUUGACUAUUUUAACGAUUGCUGUACAGUCACUGGUCCUGUUUACGUCACGGCGUUAAAAUUGGGACUGAACCUCAUUUUCAUCAAUGUUUUCGUUUCAGUUCUUGUCUACAAUUACGGCAAUAUCAGAGACCUCACCAGAGGAAAAUUCAAUCUUGGAAACUUCAUUAUCGUAAAAAUAAAGGAACUGAUGGGUUUUGGGGUUCACAGUUCAGCGAUGGAUGCAGACAGUUCGUGUGAUCCUAACACGAAGAACGAGGAGAAUGCACUUCCUGAAGUAGAUGAGAUAUUAACGAAGUUGGAUCGAAUCAAUCACCAUUUAAAUGUCUUGUAUGCUGACGAAUUUGGUGAAGACCUUGACAUGUUUUCUUUGUGGUUUGAUCUUCACAUGCAACGCUUAGAAGCUAAGGACACACAAAGGAAUGAGAAUGAUGCAGAGAAAGAUUUAGAGGAUGCAUAAGAAUACUGCAGCCUCGCGUAGUAACUGGUGUUACUGUUCACCCACCUCCAUCACUGAUUGUAGAGUGAGAACUACCACACGAACUUACGAUUGCUUAUUGGUAAAAUAAUUAAGCUGUUGUAUUCUUGAAGCAGAAGUAUUUAUCGCACUGUUAACCACUUCAGUGAUUAUUAUUCCCCUUGAUGAUUUUUAAAAGAACUGCUGUAAUUUGUGUUUACUUCAGCUUUAGUUUCACUAUUUUGAAAAGGUUUCAUUAUUAAAGUUGAAUGGAUUUUAUUGUUCAA